CUUUAGUACGGCAUAUCCCGUAGUUGAGUUAGGUUUUCGAAUAAACCGAACCGCUUCAGUGCGCCUUCCAGUUUUCCAGUGUCUUUCGUGCUUUCAACAUACUUUUCAAUCGUUUUUGAAAAGCUUUUAUUGAAAAUUUAACAACUUUUUGGUGCACCUUUAUCCAAAAUGAGACUUCUUCACUUUACCUUAUUGGUGGUUUUGGCCCACACUUUAACAACCGUUUGCGCCAAACCGGCAAAUAACCCAGAUGAAGAUAGUUACGUUGAAGAUGAUUACGCGGCGAAUGGAGAAAGUGAUGCUGUCGAUACUGAUGAUUACGGCGAUAACGGAGAAGAACCGGAAGAAGAACUGGAUCCACCUACGAUAGAAUCGAAACCUUUAAAUAUUACCGUUUAUGAAGGUGCUUCAAUUGAGUUGCCAUGCGAUGCUAAAAAUGCCGAUGCAUAUGUAAUCAUGUGGUAUAAAGAUUCAAAAGCAAUCUCACAAGGCAAAUCAAUCUUUGGUGAUAAUCCCAACGUAAUGGUCUCCACAAACAAUAUGCUAAAAAUCAAAAAUAUUAACGAAUCAAAUGCUGGAGAAUAUAUGUGUAAAGUUGUUAUGUCUAGAACAGAAAACGUUAACGUUACUCAUCGUGUUUUUAUCGAUGCGACACCAAAAAUUAUUUCUUUCACCGCUAAAGAUAACAGAACGAAAUUGGAUGUUGGCGAAACCAUAAAUUUAGUUUGUAAAGCAGCUGGAGAACCAAAACCAAAAAUUAAAUGGUAUUUUGAUCAUAAAUACCAAGGAAUGCACGGUGAGCAAACCAGCGAUAUUAUUGCUGAAGGAGAAGAAUUAAUCAUCGAAAAUAUCGGUUAUGAUCGUACCGGAAAUUAUAGAUGUUUAGCUGAUAAUGGAGCUAAACACCCAAGUCAUGAUUCUAUAUUCAUUGAAGUUAUUCAUAAACCUGUUGUUAACAUCGAAAAGAUUUAUUCUGAUCAUACCCUUCGUCAAUUGGUUUGUAUCGUUCAUGCAAGUCCCGUAGCUCAGGUUUAUUGGCAAAAAGAUGGCAAACAUAUUCCACGUAACGACCACACGAAACAAUCCAUAAAAGAUCAUGAACAUCGAGUUACUUUUACGAGUUUCAAAGAAUCAGACGAAGGUGAAUACAAAUGUAUCGCCAAAAAUAAUAUUGGAGAAGAAACAAAAUCGGUUUUCAUCCGCAGAGUUCCUGAACAACCACAACUCGUCGCUUCAAAAUCGCACAAACCAAACGGAUACGUUUUAGAAUGGACUGUUCACUCGCAUAUGAGAAUUGUUGAAAGCGUUAUUAGUUAUAAAGAGAAAGGACAAGAUCACGAAAAAGUAGAUAUUGGCAAUGUGACUAAUACCAAUUCAAAAAAUAAUUUCACAAUUACCUACAUUUUCAAAGAUUUGAAAAAAGGUUCUUAUGUGGUGACUAUGAAAGCUAAGAAUGUAUACGGUUGGUCAACAUUUUCUAAUCAGGCUCAUUUUGAAAUUACGGGACAGCGCCAUUCACACAAAAAUAAGCACCAUAGCCCGCACACAAAAGAUAUGAUCAAUAAAGCUGAAUCACACACAGAAUUAAAAGAACUGGAAAAUCAAGAAGAUACAGUCCGAACUGGUUCCCAAAUAUCAGAUUCUGGUAGUUUAAAUCUUUUACCAUCAAUUUUACUUAUCUUCACAACCUUCAUUUUAUUACGACCUUGAGCAAACGAAUAAAUCAACAAUUUGGACUUUUAAAAAUUUGUGUUAAAUUUCCAUUUCUGGUGUAGCUUGCAAAGCGAAGAAAACCAAAGUAUUUAAAAACAAACCACGUAGAUUUAAGUUAAACUGGAAUUUUAACUAUUUUAUUUCACCUCUUUUUGUUUAUUUUGUAACUAAUUUUUUUUUAAUUCAAUUCUUUUUUCAAGCGUGUAAAUAUUCUUAUUUGUGCUAUAUUGUUCAAUUUAAAACAUUGUUUGCGUGCGAUUUCUCAUGGAUAUAAUAUGAUUAGUGAAAAAAUAAGUACGUUUUUUUUUUGAAAUAUAGAAAAAAUUGUUUUUGUGAA